CUGGAGGUUCUAGAGAGAAAGGGGCGUGGUUUGUUUGUGGCACGAAGUUGGGGCUGAGCAGAGAGUUGGUGGUGUUUCGCAUUCAGUGCCCAGAGGAGGAGGUCAGGUUCAAAGGUGCUGCAAGAUCUCUCUGUGUACAUCCUCUGCCAAAGUCUGUGCUGUAAAUACGUUUGAUCACAGGACACUCUUCUUUCUGUCCUCCACUGUAUGUGAAGAAGACCGCAUCUACUCAAAGCAGGCCUUUUGUGGAUAAACCCAUGGGAACAUGUGUUGGAGAUCCGGGCUUCUAUUUAUAGGUUCCUCUUCCCAGUUUCUGGGUUCCUUGGAUAUAAAAGAAUCAUGAAAAUUUUGAUCAUUGGACUUGGAGGUGUAACAAAUGGAGGGAAAACAACUCUGGCAAGAAAGCUUAAGGAACAUCUUCCAAACUGCACUAUCAUCUCUCAGGAUGACUUUUUUAAGCCUGAGUCUGAAGUGGCUGUAGAUGACAAUGGUUUUCUGCAGUAUGAUGUUCUUGAUGCCUUGCACAUGGACAGAAUGGUGAUGAACAUACACUCUUGGAUGACAAACCCAGAAGACUCUGUGUUGACACGACCACCGGAAAGGACAUAUGAUGAUCAGAAAAGAGCUGAAGAUAUGCGUAUCUUAAUUGUUGAAGGUUUCCUUCUAUAUAACUACAAGCCUCUCAGUGAUAUAUGGGAUAAAAAGUAUUUCCUAACAAUUCCUUAUGAAGAAUGCAAAAGGAGGAGAAGCAACAGAGUUUAUAAUCCACCAGACACACCAGGAUACUUUGAUGGACAUGUAUGGCCCAUGUAUCUGAAGCACAAGAGAGAAAUGGAAGAAAAUGAAACUGACAUAGUUUAUUUGGAUGGAAUGCAAUCACAGGAAGACCUCUAUUCAAAAGUAUAUAGUGAUAUAGUACAGGAAAUGAAAAAGACAGGUGAACAAGGCACUACUAUGCGUGUAUAAAUUCAUACUCCAUAAUGAGAACAACCAUGAAAAUAUUUAUGCAUUUGUUGGGGCUAAAAGGAUGUUUUAAGAAGGUAACUGAAACCCUUACAAAAAGUAACACCACACAGCCUGUAUGCCAUAGCGUCCUAGUGGAUCUGUCAUCCAUCUCUUUCCUGUUGGAGAUGAUAAAUAUAUGCAGUGGUGCCAAUCAUUAAUUUUGGAAUUCUUGUUCUAGUGCCUUAAAACUCCCAGGUUCUGAGUGGAAGAAAACUCCUAUGAUCUUUACUUCCUCUCCUAGACACCAAGUUACUCAGCUAUUUCUGUUUCUAGCUUUCUGCAACAUCAGCGAAGGUGUAUUCAUCAUCUUCUUCACCUGAAGCUAUCAAAGGGAUUCAAGUUUGCUUUUGCUCUGUUGUUCUCUCAGCUUUUUAGUUUUUUUCCAUUCUACUACCCAAUAAUACUUCUACUCUCCAGAAGAAAGAAUGCUAUUCAAACAAUGAAAGACAUAACAAAUAGGGCCACCUUGGAUGGAUCAUUUAUGUACUUUUAAAAGAUUGGAAAUCUAAGCUAUUCCAGUUGACUGAAAUCUGCAUAGCAUCAAGAGAAAUAUUUUUAAUUUUUUAAAUAAAUAUAACUCAAUUUUCAAUGACUGAGUUCUUUUACACUCUAAAAGCAUGAUAAUCCAUUAAUUACAGAUAUCUCAAGAUAUCCUCUGUUGUUAAUCCUGAAUGGAUACCAAUGUAUUGAUUGUCCAUGAUGGAUUACCCCAUUUUCAUCUCCCAGGCUGCCAGAUAAAUAUCUUACACAGAAUACUUUUCUGUUGAUAUUGUGUUUCCACCUGUGAACCCUUUCCUUUUGCAGAGAAUAAAUUAGGUU